AUGAAUUCAUUGGAUAUUCAACAACAAUUAGCCGAUCAACGUCGUGGUCGAUAUGUACGUGUCAGUGAUGUUGAUCGUCGAUUACUAAUUGAUACAUAUAAAAAAGGAGAAGAUUUUAUUGCACUUGCAAAAAAACUUAAUAUUAAACGAUCAACAGCUCGAAGUAUUCUUCGAACAUAUAUUGAUGAGGGACGUGUAUCAGCAAAACAACGUGCUGGUACACGUCUUCGUUUUAUAACAGAAGAUGAAGCUGAAAUGAUACGAGAAAUGAAACGUCGUCAUCCAUUAAUAACAAUUGGUCAAAUACAAAUGCGUUUACAACGUACAUCAAAUCGUGUAUUAAGUAAAGCAUCAAUAUCACGUAUAUUAACAAAUAGUAUACGUUUGGGUAAACGUGCUAAACGUUCAGUUGAUGGUGAGGAUGAUCAAGAUGGAAUGAAUGAAACAAUGGUUAAUGGUAAUGAUGAAUUUAUGCAAUUAUCAUCUGAUGAAAAUACAGGUGGAGCUAUAUUUAUUGAUGAUACAAAUGAUGAUGAAGAAGAUGAUGAUGGAAUGAUAGAAAAUACUUCAUCAUUAAAUAAUCUUGAUGAUUUUCAACGUUUUAUGUUACGUAAAACAAGUGUUAAUGGUGAUGAUUCAAUGGUUAAUGAGAAUUUAGAACAAUGUGAUGAUAAUGGUUAUCCUAUAACAUAUCCACAAUUGGGUAGUGAAGAAGAUGAAGAUGAAUUAUCUGAUGAAAAUGAAAUACCAACACCAGUUGAUCUUCGAUCUGAAAUCACAUCAACACCAUCUGUAGUUAAUGGUAAUACACCAAUGUUAAAUGAAAAUGGCUGUUGGAAUUUAAGUACAAAUACAGUUAAAUCUGAACCUGUUUGUGUAUUUGUUAAUCGAAAUUAUGAUGAAAAUUCUUCUGAUAGUGAACAUCUUCAAGAACAACCAUUAACAAUUGAUGAAGAAACAAAUAAAACUACAAAUACUACAUUACCAACAAUCUCAAAUUCUCAUACAUCAAAUUAUCGACGUGGAAAAUGUUGUCCAAUAUGUGGUGAAAAAAAUUUUUCACGUCUUUCUCAUCAUCUUGCUGUUACACAUAAUCUUCAACGACAUGAAAUGUUAACAUUACUUGCAUAUACAGAUCAAAAUAAUAAUAAUAAUCAUCCAUCAAUAGCAAGUGUUAGUGGUAGUUCACCAACAAAUACACCAUCAAUAUCCAUGGAUAAAAGUCCACAACAAACACCAAUUAGUAUUAAUACAAAUAAUCAACAAAUAACAUGUCCAUCAUCACCAAUAAGUGAAUCAGAUAAUCAUCAUCAAUCAGCAUUAACAACAACAACAACGACAACAAUAACAGCAAGUUCAUCACCUAUUGAUAAUCAAUCAUCAAAUUAUUUACCUGUUGAUGGUAAAAAACGUUUAUUAUGUCCACGUUGUGAUACAUGGGUUUUAAAUUUAACGGAUCAUUUAAUAAAAAAACAUCAUUUAAUAUCUAAACAAGAACGUUUACCAUUUUUACGUUUAGCACGUAAUCGUUAUGCAACACCAUCAUCAACACCAAAUACAAUUAUAAAUGGUAAUGAUGAUAAACUUACAACAAAUUCAUUUCUUAUUAGUCCAGAUCAUUCAUCAUCAAAUAUAAAUCAAACAAAUGAACAUCAAACACAUUCUCAACAAUCAAAUAUACUUCAACAAGCAGCCAAUAGAAAAUAUCAAAAUAUUGUUAGAAAAUAUCGUAAAAAAUUUUUAGGUUCAAUGCAACCACCACCGUCACUACCAUCAUCAAAUCAUUUAGCAACAUCAUCAUUAUCAAAUUCAAAUCUAUCAUCAAAUAAUACAAUUAAUAAAUCACCUUCACUUUCAUCAUAUGAUCAUUCGUUAGUUCAUUCAAAUCUUACAUUACCUAUACGUGAACAAUCACCAACAACAGCAACAUCUGGAAAUCAUAAUCUUUUAACAAUGAACAGUAUUCAAUCAUUAUUAACAAAUAAUUCAAAUAAUCAAUGUAAACAAGAAAAAUUCAAAUUUUCAACAAUUAAUGAUAAUUUUCCAUCACGUACUUUUUCAGCUAUUAAAACAUCUGCAAGCAAUAAUCAUAUUAAAGAUCAACAACAGUUGUCAACUCAUCAAAAAUUUGAACAACGUUUAACGGUAUUUCGUCAACAAUUUGCUGUAACAUUAGCGAUGCAAAAUUCUCUCAUGCAACAAAUGGAAUUAUUACAACGAAGUUUUGUUUGUAUUGAAGAUGAAUGGAAUGAUAUGAAAAAACAAAUUAUGUCAUAA